AUGAAGUACACGCUCCUUACCGCCGCUGCCCUGGCUACCGUCGCCAUCGCCGCUCCUGCCCCUGAAAAGCCUCUUUCUCUGGGAGAUCUGGGUCUCGGCGGUGGUGACAACAAGGCCACCGUCAAUGGCGACACCCUAACUCUCGUUCUCAAUCUUCAACCCCUCCUCGACGCCUUGCUUGGCAACGCCAACAACGUCGAGGUCCCCACGAAUAGCAAGGCUAAGGCUAAGCGUGGGAAUGACCAGGGUGCUCAGCUUGUCAAGACCCUUAAAGGUCUUCUGGGCGACAUCCAGGGCCACACCAAUACUAUUGACAACACUCUUCUCAGAAUCAGGACCGGUGGCAUCACCAGGGCUGACGGCACCAAGCAGUGCCUGGACCUCCUGCAGACGAUCACAGGCCUGCUCGAUGGAGUUGUCGACAGCCUCACCGGCUUCCCCAGCAUUGGAGGCGGUGACUAUAACGACGAAGUCCUUGAUAUCCUCGACCCCCUCGUUUCAGGUCUCUCUAAGACCGUCAGCAAUGUCGCCCGUACCCUGGGAGUCGGAGGAGGUCAAAUCGGAAGCGGCUCUUUGACCCCCGUCACGUCGAGCCUCUCCAACCUUCUUGAGUGUCUCCUCGACAUUGACCCUAGCCUUGGCACUGGUCUUCAGGGCAUUCUUAACUCAAUCCUUGGUGGAGUUGGUACUGGCACCGGCACAGGAACUGGUACUGGAACCGGAACUGGCGCUGGUACUGGUACUGGUUCUGGACUCCUUGGCGGCCUUAUUGGCGAUGUCUUGACUCCCGUGAAAGGUCUCCUGCGCUCCCUCAACCUCAACGUUGGCGUUAAGGUCGGAGGCAAGGGUUCAAUUGGAGGCGACGACUCGGAUGAUUCCUCAGACGAAGAGGAGGAGAGCUCUGGGGGUAGCGGCUCCUCUGGUUCUGGGAACGGAUCUCCUGUUUACAAUGUCCCUACCUAA